UUUUAUUCUCCGAACACUUAAAAGUAGACACUUUGCUUACGUUCAACGUGCUUUCUAUGGACGUAAAUCAGCUUAAUCGUCUUGACCCACGUAUAUUCUGUAAAGACAGACCUUUGUUUUGGAUGCGAGUGAAUGCAGCUGUGAUGUAAAGCCUGUGUUGUGCAGCUCUGGCAUGGAGUCUCCAGCGGUGGAUGAUGAUAUCUGUAUCCUGAAGCACGAGACGGCGUACGUCUCGCCCGAGAGCCCCGUGUCCGCGUGCGCCGGAGACGAGUCGGUGGCGUCUCACUUCGCUCUGGUCACCGCCUACGAGGACAUCAAGAAGAGACUCCGAGACACGGAGAAGGAGAACGGCCUGCUGCGCCGGAGAGUCAAGCAGCUGGAGGACAAGCAUUUCCGUCCGGAAGCGCCUCCGUCUGAAGGACCGCAGUACAUGAACAAAGCCUUCAGCGCGUACCGCGGCAUCUACAUGGAGAAGGAGGACUUACAGAUGGAGCUCAAUAAAGUGAAAAAGGAGAAGCUGGAUUUAGAGAAGCAUCUGACGGAGCAGCUGCAGGCCAAAGAACUGGAGCUUCUGCAGCUCAGAUCGGAGAUGGAAACAAGCCAAGUGAUGAAGAGUCUGACGGAUACGGCGGAUUACUGGCAGGUGGACAGAUGCAGCAGUGAAAUGAAGAUCCACUCGCUGCAGGAGCAGCUGGAGCGCUUACAGAUAGAGAACGACGCGCUGCACAAGCUCUGCAGGGCCGGACAGGUGCGUCUCCACCUCUGUGCUACACCCCUGCUACACCUGUGUUACAGCCUCGCUACACCUGCACUACACCUGUGUUACAGCCUCGCUACACCUGCACUACACCUGUGUUACAGCCUCGCUACACUUGCACUACACCUGUGUUACACCCCUACUACACCAGCAUUAUGUAUCUACACUACACCUGUGUUACACCCCUGCUACACCUGCACUAUACCUAUUACACCCCCACUACACCUGAACUACACCUGCAUUAUAUAUCUGCACUACACCUGUUACACCCCUGCACUACACCUGCGUUACACCCCUGCACUACACCUGCGUUACACCCCUGCACUACACCUGCGUUACACCCCUGCACUACACCUGUGUUACAGCCCCGCUACACCUGCAUUAUAUAUCUGCACUACACCUGUGUUACACUCCUGCUACACCUGCACUACACCUGUGUUACAGCCUCGCUACACUUGCACUACACCUGUGUUACACCCCUACUACACCAGCAUUAUGUAUCUACACUACACCUGUGUUACACCCCUGCUACACCUGCACUAUACCUAUUACACCCCCACUACACCUGCAUUAUAUAUCUGCUCUACACCUGUUACACCCCUGCACUACACCUGUGUUACAGCCCCGCUACACCUGCAUUAUAUAUCUGCACUACACCUGUGUUACACUCCUGCUACACCUGCACUACACCUGUGUUACACCCCUACUACACCAGCAUUAUAUAUCUGCACUACACCUGUGUUACACCCCUACUACACCAGCAUUAUGUAUCUACACUACACCUGUGUUACACCCCUGCUACACCUGCACUAUACCUAUUACACCCCCACUACACCUGAACUACACCUGCAUUAUAUAUCUGCACUACACCUGUUACACCCCUGCACUACACCUGCGUUACACCCCUGCACUACACCUGCGUUACACCCCUGCACUACACCUGUGUUACAGCCCCGCUACACCUGCAUUAUAUAUCUGCACUACACCUGUGUUACACUCCUGCUACACCUGCACUACACCUGUAUCCAGAGGCUGUCGGUUUCAGCUGCUUCAACUGUUCCAGUGCAGUGCCUGGAUGAUGUGCAGAAGAGCAGUGUCCCUCGUCCCCCCAGCGCGCCUCCGCUGCCCUCGGUCCCAGACGGCCCCCAGGACCCCUGGCCCCUCCCACGUCCGGCCCCGCUGGGCAGCCCUGGCGUGCGGCUCAAUCCCCCCCCGCGCAUGAGCUCGCUGGACGACAGCUCCUGGUCCUUCCCCAGCCCUCCUCGACCCAGCGAUGCUCUGUUCUGGGACCAAACCAAGCCCAAGAGCCCCGCCGGAGACUGGGGCCAACCGUACUGAAUCCCGGCCCCGGCCCUCCACACCUUACCUGCCUUAACACACACAUCCCUCUCUGGAUGAUCCCGGAUGAGCAAAUACCUCGAGCAGACUGGGAUGGAGAAACCCUUGAGCGGACGCGUUCCUGACUAGGGUUGGGUAUCGUUUGAAUUUGAUCAAUUUCGAUUCCGAUUCUAACCGAUUAAGCCAAACAUUUAGAUAUCAAACAUAUUUGAGACCCUGGAGCA